AUGAGUCACUACAAUCAGACGUCGCCACCGCCUACGCCGACAUUUUUGAAGCUCACCUUUCCUAUACCACGUGUCGUGCUUGUCACGAUGGACAGACCAUCAGCGAUGAACUGCAUCAACGCCGCCGGGGCGGAAGAGCUAGCAGCUGUGUGGUCCUGGCUGGAUUCAGAGCCCAAUCUGACCGUUGCGGUACUGACUGGCGCCGGCGAUAAAGCUUUCUCAGCGGGCGCGGAUCUGAAGGAAUGGGCGCAAUCACUAACACCAGGCGCCGCACCACGGCGGGUGACCAAAGCAAAGGGAGUAGGUCUCAGCAGACGUAGAGGCAAAAAGCCCGUCAUCGCUGCUGUGAAUGGAUUGGCACUCGGAGGCGGAACCGAGUUCGCAGUCAAUUGUGAUCUUGUGGUAGCCGCCGAGAGGGCCGAGUUCGGUUUACCUGAGGUGACACGAGGAGUUGCGCCGUUCGCUGGGGCAUUGCCGAGACUCAUCAGGAGUAUAGGAUUGCAGAGGGCCAGUGAGUUCGCGUUGACAGGACAAAGGAUUUCCGCGACGAAGGCACUGGAAUGGGGUCUGGUCAACAAGGUUGUGCCGCAAAUGGAUGUGGUGAAGGAGGCACUGAGAUAUGCAGAACUCAUUGCGACAAACAGUCCGGACAGUAUCAUUUGCACCCGAUCAGGACUUAGGGAAGGAUGGGCCAAAGCCGAUGUCGAACAUGCAGUGCAAACGACGCAUGACAACGAGUUCGCCGAGCUGCAGAAGGGAGAGAAUAUCAAAGAAGGGUUGGCGGCUUUUGCAGAGAAACGCAAACCGAGGUGGAAGCCAGCGAGGCUCUGA